AUAUGCUAUGAACCCCCAAACCUGCAAUUAUCAGCUUGAUUGAUUAAGAUAAUAUGGCGAAAAAUGUUGUUCUCUUCUUUACUCUCAUUGUUCUUGGUUCUAGCAUUGCUCAACAAACUCCUCAAUGCCAAGAGAUGCAAAGGGAGGAAAUGGUUAGAGAUCUCACGCCAUGUCUCAGCUAUCUGACUGCUGAUGUGAACAGCCCGGACACGCUGUGUUGCAGCGGUGUGCAGAAUGUGAAUGCGGGUGCUAACAGCCGGGAUAUGAGGCAGUCCAUCUGUGUAUGCCUCAAGGAAGUCGCCAAUGGCAUCCUGAAUCUCAAAGACGAUCGCGCCGCGGCACUCCCGGGGCUGUGCGGGGUGAAGCUGAACAUCCCCAUCUCUAAGAGCACUGACUGCACCAAAAUCACUUGAGGAAGAUUGUCGUCUUACCUCCACAAACAACCCAAGAUCACUUUGAAUAAACAAUAAAUUGUAAUCUAAGUGAUAUUGAAGAUGCUCUGUCAUGUGAACUCUUUCUUCGAUGCAAGCUUCUAUCAUGUUGUUUUGCUUUCUA